AUGUCCGGCCAGGCCCUCAACAAGAUCGCGCCCAACAGCCCCUCGAGGCAGAACCCCUCUGAGCUCGAGCAGAGCAUUGCUCAGGCUCUGUUCGACCUCGAGACCAACACCGCCGACCUCAAGGUCGCCCUGCGCCCUCUGCAGUUCGUCUCCGCCCGUGAGAUCGAGGUCGGCCACGGCAAGAAGGCUGUUGUCAUCUUUGUCCCCGUCCCCUCCCUGGCCGGUUUCCACCGCGUCCAGCAGCGCUUGACUCGUGAGCUCGAGAAGAAGUUCUCCGACCGCCACGUCCUCAUCCUCGCUUCGCGCCGCAUCUUGCCCCGCCCCAAGCGCUCGGCCCGCAGCCGCAACACCCAGAAGCAGAAGCGUCCCCGUUCGCGCACCCUCACUGCCGUCCACGACGCCAUCCUCGCCGAUCUCACCUACCCAGUCGAGAUUGUCGGCAAGCGCGUCCGCACCAAGGAGGACGGCAGCAAGCUCCUCAAGGUCAUCCUCGACGAGAAGGAGCGUGGUGGUGUUGACUACCGCCUUGACACCUACUCUGAGGUUUACCGCCGCCUCACAGGCCGUGCUGUCAACUUUGAGUUCCCUCAGAGCCAGGCCACCGACUUUUAA